AUGGCCGACACACAACAACUGGCAAAUGGCAAUGGCAAUACCGUCAGACCCACGAGGGUCAACCCGGUUGGAGAGGAAGAGGAGGCAGAGAACAUAUUUCUCUUUUGGCCCAACUUGAUUGGCUACUCCCGCGUCGUCCUCGCCGUUGCAUCUCUCUACUACAUGCCCCUCCACCCGCGCACAUGCUCCCUUCUAUACAGCAUAUCGUGUCUGCUCGACGCUCUUGAUGGCGUAGCCGCAAGAUACUACGAGCAAUCGACCAAGUUCGGCGCGGUUUUGGACAUGGUGACGGACCGCGGCACGACGGCGUGUCUGCUCGUUUUCCUCGCCAGCGCGUUCCCCCGCUUCAGCAUCGUCUUCCAGGGCUUGAUCUCCCUCGAUUUCGCGAGCCAUUACAUGCACAUGUUCGCCACACUCAGCAUGGGCGAAUCGGGUCAGAGCCACAAGAGCAUUGAUGAGGGCAGGAGCUGGGUUCUCAAGAUGUACUACUCUAACAAUAAAGUCCUGUUCACCUUCUGCGCCCUCAACGAGCUGUUCUUCAUCGCCCUGUACCUCCUCUCGUUCUCCUCUCCCCUACUCUCCCCAACUCUCCUCAAGGACCCUUCGUCUAACUCGCCCUCUUCGCCCUCGAACCUUGGCACCCCGGCCGCCCCGAAACCUUCUCUGCUCUUCGCAUCCCCUUACUCCGCGGGUGCGCUCGAGAUGGCUCGCGCGAAUAAGAUGGACUCGACGGUUCCCUGGAUCCUUGCGGUGAUCAGUUUCCCCGUCAUGGCGGGUAAACAGAUCAUCAAUGUCAUCCAGCUGGUUAAGGCCAGUAGGUGGCUCGCCGAGGGCGACAGGCUGGAAAGGAAGAAGAAGGGUCUCCCCAGGAAGAAGCCUUCCGCCAGCAAGAAGGCGCAGUAA